AUGGCUGCUCUGUGGACUCUCUCUCUGCUGCUCUCUGCCAGUCUGCUGGGCUGUCUGGCCGUGACCUCUCCCGAUGGGAGCCCUCUGCCCCACAAUCUGCCCCCCUCGCUGGGCACCAACAGUAGCGAUGGCAGCCUGUCUGUGGAUCUGCCCAUGGCUCUGAGGGUGUUCAGCAUGGACUAUCACCACGUGCAGGCUCCCUUUGAGAUCGUGCUGUGGAUCAUGCUGGCCUCACUGGCCAAGCUGGGCUUCCACUGGUCAGGUCGAGUCCCUGCAGUCGUCCCCGAAAGCUGCGUCCUCAUCAUGGUGGGCCUCCUGGUUGGAGGUGUGAUCUAUGGGGUGCGCCACUCUGCUCCACCGACUCUCAGCGCCGAUGCUUUCUUCCUCUUUCUGCUGCCACCCAUCGUGUUAGAUGCGGGAUACUUCCUGCCAGGCAGGCUGUUCUUUGAAAACCUUGGUACAAUCCUCUGGUAUGCAGUGCUGGGGACCUUAUGGAACGUCCUGGGCAUCGGCCUGUCUCUGUACGGUGUUUGCCUGCUGGCUCAGAGCUCUCUAGGAGAUGUCUCUCUGCUCCACUGCCUGCUGUUUGGCUCCCUGAUCGCUGCUGUAGACCCAGUGGCGGUGCUUUCUGUUUUCCAAGAGAUGCAAGUUAACGAACAGCUGCAUAUCCUGGUGUUCGGAGAGUCACUGCUCAAUGACGCCGUCACUGUGGUGCUCUACAAGCUUUUUGAGUCCUUCCUCCGUCUGCCAUCAGUGUCAGGACUGGAUGUUUUGCUGGGGGGUUGCAGGGUGGUGGUGGUGGGAAUCGGAGGCUUGUGUGUAGGUCUCUUCUUCGGCCUGCUGGCAGCCCUCACCUCACGUUUUACCUCCAGGGCCCAAGUCAUCGCCCCGCUCUUUGUCUUCCUCUAUUCCUAUUUGUCUUACCUUACCUCAGAGAUGCUUCACCUCUCUGGGAUCAUGGCCAUAGUGACCUGUGCUGCUACAAUGAAACAGUACGUGGAAGCGAAUGUGUCGGAGCGCAGCAACACCAGCAUCCAGUACUUUCUGAAGAUGUGGAGUAGCGUGAGCGAGACCUUAAUCUUCAUCUUCCUGGGAGUGUCCACCAUACAGGACAUCCACAUGUGGAGCUGGCCGUUUGUGUGCUCUACGCUGCUGCUCUGUCUCAUCUGGAGGGCCACGGGCGUGCUUCUGCUGACCGCUUUUGUGAACAAGCUCCGGAGGAACGCCGUGACCUUCCGAGACCAGUUCAUCAUCGCCUACGGUGGCCUGAGAGGGGCAAUUUGUUUUUCCCUGGUCUUCCUGAUUGAUGACUUCCCAAAGAAACGACUCUUCAUCACCACUACGAUUGUGGUCAUUCUCUUUACUGUCUUUGUACAGGGGAUGACCAUCAAGCCUCUGGUGGAGCUACUGUAUGUGAAGAGGAAGAAGAGAGCUCUGCCUACUCUCAGCGAGGAGAUCCACAGCAGGCUCAUAGAUCACCUGGUGGCAGGGAUAGAGGACGUGGUCGGCUACUGGGGGCAGCACUACUGGAAAGACAAGUUUGAGCAGUUCAACAAGAAGUACCUUCGUCGUUUCCUCAUCCGUAACGACCGCCAGGCUAGCUCCAGCAUCCUCAGAGUUUACCAGGAGCUGGAGAGACGGGAGCAGAGGGGAGUCGAGGAGGAGGCCCCGCCGAUAGUGGAUCUUCGCUCCCAAGGGCGACCUCUGCUACCGGAGGAGAUGGAAAGCAUCAGGCGCAUCCUCUCAAGAAACCUCCAAAACUUCAACAACAAGCAGACACCAGCCUACAGCAGACACACCCUGCACCAGGACACAUCGGUGGACAGAACAAGGAAACCCCUUUACAGACACCAAAGUCUGGGAGAAAGAUACUCAUACAACACAAUCACACACUUUCAGGGGGAGGAUGGUGGGCUAAGUGAGCCACAGAGAGUGAGAACUGGACUUAGCAGAUCUCACACAGUGUGCUCCAUAAGCCCACGAUCCACUCUCCUGGACUCCUCAGACUCAGCUGGCCCGGCUCAGACUAGAUCAACGGAUCCAAAAGCUGCUAGAGAAGACCUAGUCUUUCCAAAACAUCAGGAAACCGUGGAGAGAGCCGCCAGGAAACACCUCAGCUUUGUUUUGGAGAAUGAGAAGCAGCAAUGAAUGCAGACUGUGA